GAACAGAGAUCUGUUGUGCAAUUUGCAAUGAAAAUGGCGAUGAUGUGGGUUUUGCUGUUGUUAGCAGUGAUGAUGCCAUGCUCUUCUGCAUGUUAUUCAGAUGAAAGAAAUUCUCUUUUGGAUUUGAAGAAGGGCCUCAACUUCACUUCCUCUCAUUACACGCUGCAGUCAUGGAUGGGAUUUAACUGCUGUGUGUGGGAAGGAGUCACCUGCCACCCAAUCACUGCCCAUGUCAUUUCCUUGGACCUCACUCCCCACUCCCUCAAUGUCUCCUGGACUGGGGAUGGGCCAUUCAUGUCGUGGAGGGAAAUACGUGGGGGACUGUUCCAUCUGCACCAUCUGGAGCACUUGGACCUCAGUAACAAUGCUUUCUUCCCUCCUCUUGCCAUCCCUUCACAACUACACAAGCUCAGCAAAUUGAGGUAUUUAAACCUGUUCAACUCUAAUUUUAUUGGCCAGAUUCCAAGAGAGAUUUGUAACUUGUCUAGCUUAACAUAUCUUGAUCUGGCUUAUAAUUUUUUGAAUGGCACCAUUCCAAUAUUUAUGGAUAAGAUGUCGAAGCUCACACAUCUUGUCAUGAGAGGAAACUCUUUCAAUGGCACUAUCCCAACAUUUUUAGUCAAGCUGUUUGAGCUCGUACAUCUUGAUGUGAGUAGAAACUCUUUGAGUGGCACCAUCCCAACAUCUUUGGGUAAGUUGUCAAAGCUCACAUAUCUUGACCUGAGCUAUAACCCUUUGAGUGGCACAAUCCCAACAUCUUUGUGUAAGCUGUCAAAGCUCAUAGAGCUUCACCUAGAUUCAAAUUCUUUGAGUGGUACAAUCCCAAAAUUUUUGGGUAAGCUGUCAAAGCUCAUAUAUCUUGACCUAAGUUAUAACUCUUUGAGUGGCACAAUCCCAAUAUCUUUGGGUAAGUUGUCAAAGCUCAUAUAUCUUGACUUGAGUUAUAACUCUUUGAGUGGCACAAUCCCAACAUCUUUGGGUAAGCUAUCAAAUCUCACAUUACUUCACCUAGAUUCUAACUCUUUGAGUGGCACAAUCCCAACAUUUUUUGGAAACCUCACCAAACUCUUACAUCUUGGUCUUAGCAGCAACCAACUAAGUGGCACCUACAUGCUUUCAUUCUUGGAUCAAAUCCCCAACAUUCAAGGAGUGCUCCUCUCAAGGAAUAGGUUGACUAUAAAAGUCAAUAAAACAUAUAUUCCCAAUUUUCAACUUAAUGACUUAGGUUUGGGGUAUUGUAAUAUGGCUGGGGAUUUUCCAUCCUUCAUCUCAACUCAAUACUCUUUACACUACCUAGACUUAUCUCAAAACUCUCUCAGUGGAAACAUUCCAGAUUGGCUAUGGGAUUUUAUGUACAUUUAUCAUCUCAACCUCUCUUCCAACCAGUUUGUAGGUAAUUUACCCCUCAAGCCACUUGGAUUUAAACACAAUUCUCAAGAAAGAUCAAUUGUUGAUUUGCAUAAUAAUAAGUUACAAGGAAAUAUUCCCAUUCCCUUACAAAAUGUGGAGCUUUUGGAUCUUUCAGAGAAUCUAUUUGAUGGAUUUAUUCCAACAGGAAUUGGCAAACAUGGACAAGCUCUUAGAUUUUUAUCACUCGCCAAAAAUAAUCUUAGUGGUGUCAUUCCACAUUCCAUUUGUGAAUCGAGUAAUUUGCAAGUUUUAGACUUGUCAAAUAAUAAGCUUAGUGGUAAGAUUCCCUCUAGUCUAAACAAAUGCUUUUAUUUGUCCAUGCUAAAUCUAGAAAAGAAUGAUCUCAAGGGCACAAUUCCAAAUAUAUUUGGUAAUAUGUCUUUUUUAGAAACAUUGAAACUAGGCUUCAAUGGGCUAAACGGGAACAUUCCACCAUCCCUAGCAAAUUCUAGUUAUUUGGAAAUCAUAGAUCUGAGAAAUAACAAUAUUCAUGGGAGCAUUUCUAGUUGGAUUGUAAGCUUACAAAGUCUUCGCAUCCUAGUACUGAAAUCUAACAAAUUUGUUGGAAAGAUACCCUCAGAAUUAUCAAAGUUGAAAAAUCUUCAGAUCUUGGAUGUGUCAAGCAACAACAUUUCAGGCACUAUUCCAGCAGACUUUAUGAAUUUGAGUGCAAUGGCAAAUCAGACAGAGAACACAGAAACUCUUGAAGUAGAUACUUUUUUUUCUGGUGUGAUAUAUAUAGAUCACAUCAUCAUUAGAAGCAAAGCACAAGAUAUGGAUUUUGUGAGAAAUUUGAGAUUAGUAAAAUGCCUUGAUUUAUCAAACAAUGAUUUAUCAGGUCAAAUACCUUGGGAUAUUGAAUCCCUCAAAGGAUUAAUAAUUCUCAAUUUUUCAGGAAAUCAUCUAAAUGGUAAGAUUCCAAAAUCUUUGGCGAGCAUGGUACAGCUACAAUCACUUGAUCUUUCCAAAAAUGAAUUGUCCGGGAUGUUUCCAGUUGAGCUACAAAAUCUCACAUAUUUGAGUUACUUUGAUGUAUCUUACAAUAAGCUAUCAGGCACAAUACCGCAAGGAGGACAAAUGAUGACUUUUGAUUCUUCAUCAUUCUCCAACAAUUUAGAUCUGUGUGGCCUGCAAAUCAAUGUGUCAUGCUCUGGGAAUCAUUCUGCUUCUCCAUCUGAAAAUGAAAAAAAUGAAGUAGUGCUGGAGGAGGAUAUGUGGUGGGCUUUUGGAAUAGGAAUGGGUUCUGCAUUGGGAUUUUCAAUUUUGAUUUGGGUAUUGUGUUUCUCCAAAUCUUGCAGUACAAAAUGCUUGAAAGUUAUGGACGACAUUAUUGAUUCCCUUUCUCAAAUAUGGAGAAAGAAAUUAUAUCAUACAAUAUAAGUUCAUCUCCUAUACAGAUGUAUAAUCAUAAUACAUGCCAAUUGCAGUUCUCAGGUUUCAAUUGCAAGUUAGUUUGGAUGUUGAGAUCAGGCAUUAACAUUCUCAGGGGCUGCACAUUUUGGGGGCCUGAAGAAAUGUAAUAUCACCAGAAAAAUUCAUUUACAUGAAUUCUAUAAUUCCAGCUAGUUCUGUCAUUUUGCUGAUUCGUCUUAAUGUUUGUUUUCUUGGAUACACUCAAAUUUUCCUUUCACACUGUUAAGCUCAUGUUGUGACUCUUUCAAGUGCCCUGUUCUGGCUUUUUGUCUGUCUAAACUCUAGAAUCAGCCAAGAACAGAAUGUAAAGUUGGCCAUAUAUUCAAUAUUAAUUUAUUGUAAAUUACCGAUGGACAUCAACUUUAUUUGGCCCAUGCACUGAAUGAUUCUGUUGUGGCAACAACAUCCUACUAUUGUUUGUAUUUUUAUUUUACAAUGGAGUUGUUUCGCCAAUUCCAUUUGU